UACUCUAUUGUUCACAGGAUUUCGCGCCGAACGCACGCCGAUGUGAGAAACAGGAAAUUUUUGCGGCUUUCCUCCACUUGUACUCGAGUUGAUUUUUUCUCUUCUAAUCAACAAUUUACCGCCUAUUUAAAAGUAUAGCAAUCAUUUCAAUUAAGAUAUUUUAAGAAAGCAAAUAUCAAUAGUGUGCGUUAUACGUAAAAAAAAUUAUUAAUAGAGUAAGUUACAUAAAAAAAAUGUAACAUUAAGUUCGCCAAUAAUAUAUCGAGAUCCUGGAUAAUUUGUGCUUUAUAAAAAUUUAUCAAGACUAAUUGGGAAUGAGAUGAUGAGCAAAAUUUCUAUGUAACAAAAAUGGCUUGCACAAUACCAGAAUUAAUAAAAAUCCUUAAUGGAAUCAAGACUGCGGAGGAAAAAUGUUCAGCAUUGAAGCAAUUUCGAAGUAAUUUUGCAAAAGGCAAAAUACCAGAGAGUAUAACGGACGAUGAUUUUAUUGCUUUGUACAAAAUAUUAAUAAAUUGUGACGAUGCAAUACAGCAGGAAGCUUGCUGUACUCUCAGCAUCAUUAUUCAAGAUGAAAAGUAUACAAAACCAAAUUUUAUACAAUCUGCACAACAGAUUACUUCAAAGAAAAGCAGGAUUAGAUUAUUUUCAAUUUUGGAUAAAUUUGAUGACAAAGUAGUGACGAUACUUGCCAACGAUGUACAAGCAAUUAAUUUUAUUAAUGAUUGCUUGAAAUCAAUCGACAUUGAAGCGAUGACCUGGCUUUCGCCGGCUACCAAUGAAGAUAAUUUAGAAAAAUUAAUUGAAUACGAAAAUAAAUCGCUGACUGAAGAUGAAAAAUUGGAAUCAAAAAUUGUUACACUGUCCUUUGAUUUUUUAUCUAAAAUUUACAAGAAUAUUCAAGUAAUUUCUCCGCAGCAAAUUCAAAUGUACGAUUCGCUAAUUAUGGACAAAAUUGUAACAUUGGUGUACAUGGGUCUUAAAAAUCAGAGACUAUCGGCGUCAAAAGUGUUCUACAAAGCAAUUUUAUCUGACUUGGGAUCCAGAGUACGUCAAUCGUUGCCCAACGUCUGGAUAAAUUACAAGAAAUCGUUGCAAGACAUUUACUGGAAUCGAAUGUGCCUACUGGUUUCAGCUUGUUAUCUUGAUUGGGCAACUUUGUGGAAUUACAGUAUUCAACUUUUGGGAAAAGAUCUUCAUCGAGGAGCUGGUUUAAUUAAUAAUUUGCUGAGUGUCGAAGAGAAGGCCUUUAAAUCGUCUGACACGAAUAUUCGAAAACAGGCUUUUUAUUCAUGGAAAUUAUUGGUGGACAAUUUCGCUCUCGAUCCACAAGAACUUGCGAGUGCGAGACGAAUUAAGUUACUUUGCAUACCACUUAUUGCUAAGAAUAGCAAGACAGAAAUGAUAGCACUCGCCAAAUUUGAAGUCUGGUGGCAUUUAAUUGUCAAAGUGUACAAUGAUCUGCCGAAAGUGAUAAAUGCUGUGUUGAUUCCAUUCUUGAAUUUCUGCUUUGGACCACUUGGCGAUACGCCUCUACUGUCGUCCAAGCUGGAUAUUUGCGCAUCACCUGGCAAGAGAUUUCAAAAAACAAAGUUAGCUUCUCUUGACGCUUUGUUACAAUUUUUAACUGGUACAGAGUCUUCAACGAGUCGAGUGUUUACUCCCGUUUUAGAGGAACGAAUUUCUCAUGCAGUGACGAGUCAAGUUUUUCAAGAAAGUCACAAAACAUUUACUCACAGUUGCUUUGAAGCUCUUCUUAUUCUUGGUCAAUUUGAGGAAACUGAUGUAUCGAACCGAUAUGCAGUGAGCACAAUGCUGUGGAAGAAUCUAAUUUCCAACCUCGAGGGAUGUGACAUUAAGGAUGCAAUUUACAAAGAUUUAAUAAUGGUUGUCACUGAAAUGACACAUCACAUUUCGAAUAAUUCAUUGAUGAAAAAUCUUUUAUACGAUGUAAUUUUGAUCAAUAUUGCCGAAAUGUCAGAAAAAUUCCUUUUCUCUGAUGACACAUUGUUAAAUUUAAUAACAGCCCUGUUAAAGGAGAUGAAUUUUAAUGACUAUAAAAAAGACAGCUGUGAAGCAAUAAAGAAACUUGUACUUCAUUUUAUCAGUGAUAAUAACAUUGCUCAUGCUCAACAAAAUAAGCUGAAAAUGCUUAAUUCGUUAUUGGAAAAAUUAUUAAGUGAAAAUUCUGAAACAAGUAACGUAAAUAUGUUGAUUGAUAUGUGGUGUGUAUUGGUAGAAGCUCUUACUAAAUGGCUUGAAAAUUGUCACACAUUAAAUGACGGAGACACAACUGGAAAUAACUUUUCUGCAAUAUAUGACAUUUUAAUUUAUCCUUUUUCUCAUUUAUUUGUAAAUGAUAUGAAACAGGUACAAAAAAUUACUUCAUUUUGGUGGAAUGCCUAUAAACAAUUUGACUUACAAGUUGACUUGGAGACAUCAAUAAAAUCUAAUCAAGUGAUUAUGACAACGGCGGAUAAACUUAGAAACUGUCUCAAAAAGGAGAAAGGAUGUCUUCUUCUUUAUGCUGCUUGUUUAAAUUCUUUAAUUACCAACAUCAGUUAUGAGACAUUAAUUGGUCUUGACGAGGUUCCAACGAUUAUUCAUCUGAUAAACGACCUUGUGCUAUGUGUAUUCAAGGAAUCUGAGUUUAAUGCAGCGGAAAUGGUUCUAAGAUCGUUGUCCGCUUUUAUGAUAACAGUUUACGGUCAAGAUAGAAAAAAGUCAAUUCAAUAUUUACAAGUUAUUCGACCUUCAAUUGAAUUUAUUUUAUCACAGAAAGCUGAUGAGAAUUUAAUGAAAGAAAUUGCAAGUACUUGGGAUACAGUCGUCACAAUUUUCAAAGGACUAAAUAACAAUCUUACUUACGAUUUACUUUCGUCAUUUCAAAAGAGUAUUGUUCUUGCUUUAUGUCAUACAUGUCAAGAAAUUAUUUCCCAGGCUUUGGUAAUAUUAGGUCUAGCUGAAAAUGUUGACGAAAAAUCGAGAAAGUUGUUGGGAGAGUUGGGAAAUUUCACGAAAACAUCAAAUAACAUUGAUUUAAUAGCAGAAAAUAAAUCAAAACACACAAAAAUUGCUGGUAGCUUUUUAAACAGAAAAUCAACAGGAAAAUCAGAUAAUUUUGUCAGUCCAUCUACUUUUAAUACAUCUUUAAAAAAGAGCAGCAACGUUAAUUUAGACUUGGAUUCUCAGGAUUACGUUGUGAUUAAAUCUGAUGUUAAAUUCGAUGUUAAUCGUCUAACGGACCAUCAGAAGGAAAUUUUGAAAAAAAGACGCGACGACAUUCCUGCUUUGUACAAUGAUCUUUCACAAUCUGGUUCACAAGAUUCACAGGAGCUACAAAAAUGGUUUGAAAAGAAACAAUUCAAGACAAUUUCCAGCAAGGAACUGUGCGAUUCAAAUAAAGAAAAUAAAGAAACUUUGCUUGAGGAGCCGAUCGAAAUGGAUCAAGUUAAUUCCGAAUCAGCUGUACAACUUGAAUCGAAAACAGAAAUCGAAGCCAAACAAUCGGAAAUUUCUUCUGCAGAUGAUUUUGAAAUUCAACAAGAUUGUCCCGAUAAUAAGCAAAUUGAAAUUCAAACUUCCUCCUCUAAUAGAAAUGAUGCGCGUAAAGUGAAUUCCGACAAUAAAAAUCUUAAUAAGAAGAUUGAAGAAUGUUUGCCGCAAUCAAAAACAAAAACAAAGCUAAAGUCUGUCACAUCAAAUUUGGAAACUGGUAAGAAGGGUAAACGAAAAGCUGAUGAAGAUGUAGCUGGAAAUCCAAAGAGAAAAAAGUUGCAUUCAUCUGAAUCGUCUGAUAACGAAAGUAUUAAAUCGAGCUCUGAAAAUGAAGAGAUACUCAAUAAACGAGUGAAAUCUGAAAUUUCUCGCUUGCAAAUUGAUAUGGUGCGUUCAGUUUUUGAACCCCUGCCAAAUAGACGUCGUUCUAAAUUAACUGAUUGCACCUGUAAGGACCUUGGUUGCAAGAAAAAUCAUUCACCAGGAAGAUUAAGAUCAGAAAUGAAAUCAGAUUCUACGAAAAAGUCAUCAAAUAAAUCAGAUUCGGUUAAAAAGCGAACAAAGAGAAAUUCAAAGGCGGCAGCGGAAGUUGACAGUGGCGAAGAUGAUAAGCAGAAAAUAAUUGGAAAAUCUAAAGCUGACAUUGUAACAAGUCGAAAAGUUUUGGAGGAUAAAUUGUCUACGGAAGAUGAAGACAAUCUAUUACAUUAUGAGUCGAGUGUAAUUGAAAAUUCUCAAGAUAUUGAAGUGGAUGUCGUUGAAGGUACUCAAGAUAUAAUGUCUAAGCCGAAAUUAACUAUUUCUGUUAAUGAUAAGGAAUUACUUAUUAAAUUAAAUAAAAUGAAUUCAUCUCAGAAAGCAAGCGAGCCUUCAGCAAAACUUCAGCCUGUUUUGUUGGAUGUGGAUGAAAGUAAUUGCAUUCAAGUUAUUGAAAAUCAGCCCUCUUCUGACGAGAAAAAACAAGCUGUCGCAUCAUGUUCUUCAACUUCGUCUUCCUCGUCUGUAAAAUAUACAACAGUUCAUAUUUCUUCGCCCAAGGGGAUUGUCAAGAGGACUAAAGUAAAAGCCUACCCUCUUCAAGGACGUGCCGCUCAAAUGCUGGGAUUAGUGACAAAGCAAGGUUUAAUGGAAAAGGACAUGAAAAUUGAAGAUGAAAUCAAAAAAUCAUUGCAGAAGGCAAAAACCCACGAAUCUGAAAAUAGCAGUGUAAAAAAAGUUGGAGGAAAGGAGUCCGAAAAACUAAAUCAGCUUGGAUCUCGACAGGUGAAAAUAUUUAGUAACAUGAAAGCUGGUGAUUAUUGUUCCUCACCACCUGGGAAAUUAUUUGGAGGUUUGAAAAACGAUGGUGAAAAAAUUUCCCCAAAAAUGAAAAAUACUAUCGAUUCAGAGAAACUUGCAGAGAAACUUGUUGUCGUUAUUUCCAAUGAAAAAGAACAAAUUGACCUUUCACCGACAACAGACCACGAUCUUCCAAUUCUCGAAUGGUCCAGCGCAAACCCACCUUCAUUAACAGCAUCACCGAGCGCUGGAAUUUUAAAGAGGCACAAUCAAUCUUUAAUGGACAUCACUAUUGGAGUCGAGUCAACAACAACGACAACCACAACGACAACUCCGAACAAAAGAAAACGAGUAAGUUUUGCCGAUCCACCAGUCUCUCAAAAAAUGGGCUACGAAGUUGCCACCGGGGAAUCGCCACACAAAAUAAGCAGACCAUCUCGUCACUCGACGCGACGAGACACACCACUGAAAUCAAGACAAAGCAGAAUAAGAAUGUUCCAAGUUGAGGCAAUCGAGAAAACGGAGAAAUCACCAAUUGAUGCAGACUUGAACGGAAUUCAACAACUCGCACCCGAUGGUGGGGCAAAAUCAGAAGAAUUGAUGCAAAUUGACAAUUUAGAAACGUCAAUAGUGAAAAUACACGACAACGAUAAUGAGAAUAUUCAAGUCGAUUGUCCCGAAAGUAGCACCCCCGUUAGAAUUCCAUCCGACAAUUCAAACAGACAGGAAACAGAUCAAAAAACAGAUCCAUCAAGUCUCGCUGAGGAAUUAUUUGGAACACAGGAAGAUAUGUUUGCUGCCAAUGAUACAAGCGAUGAAAGCCAGUCUAUUUCUUACAAGAAAGACGAUGACGACAAUAACAUUUCCUAUCAAAUCAUGACUCUUGACUCUGUCAAGUUCAAUACAACGAAUGACUCAUUAGCGGAAACAACAAAUAAAGAUUUCAGCAAGAACGAAUCUUUGGAAAAUACAGUCGACGUACAAAAUGUUUCCAGUUUCGAAUCGACGGACGACGGAGGUUUUUGCGAAAAGCCCAUGAGAUGUAGCACGAGAACAAUCGCCGACGCUGAGCAGGACACAUUGCCAGUCACUGAUUCUGUUUUCGAAAGUAUUGGCCAAGAGACACAAAACUCUGUGUCGAGUAUUAUCAAUCUUCCAAAGCCAGAAGCAUUCGAUUCGACAUAUCCGAUAUUCCCAUCGCUUUCAGAUUGUAAGGAUUCUAUCAAGAUGAUUGUGGACAGCCUCGCUAAUCCCAUGUGGGUCAAUCACUUGGAAACGUGUUUGGCGAGUCGGGAAAUACACACUGUUGGAGAUUUAGCAAAAUUAUCAGAGAGGGAAAUUAAUAGGAUACCAUUUAAAGGAAAUCCCAAGGUGCUGUUUGUUAAGAAGGUGUUGUAUAAAUUUGAGAAUGACAAAACAACAACGAAAUCUAGCGUCAUUGAUCAGCAGCAGCAUAGUUUAGAACAAAUGUCUUCAGAGAAAUCACAAGACUCGUUUAUUGUUUCUCCUUUAUCAUCAAAUAAUAGCACCUGUAAAUUGUCACCAACAUCUCAAGAAGGAUCGUUAUUGUCUCCAACAACAACAACAAAUCAAUUGCCCAAAAUUCCAGCACAAACAACGUCAAAAUCAGUUUCUAUUCAAAUGGAAUUGGGUGAUCUUUUAGAUGAAAUUGACGUUAAUUUGGUUCUGGAAAGUGCAGCAAGAAGAUGCUCUCCCGAAAGUCUUCUUGCUCAAUUCAAGUUGAAAAUGCGCAAUAUGCCCGAAACUGAACUGGAAUCAGAAACUUUACGAUUGCUUGGUAUCAAUUCGAAGCCAAGUCACAGCGAAAUGACAUUGAGAUCUGCUUGUAAAGCAUGUGGUAUAAAUAAAGUUCUUUUAAAACUCCCAGACAUAUUUAGCGGGGAUAAGCAAUUUUUCGUUAAAGUUCUUAGUGCCUAUAAGAAAAAAAUCCAGAUCAGCGAUUGUCUCAGUGCAUUGGAUAUGAGUGAAUUGAAAGAUGCUCUAUGUCAGAAAUGUAAAUCAUCGGAACUCGCUGAAAUGCUCUCAAAAAGUUUGAAAGAUGAAGAGGAGAAGGGAAUCAGUGAAUCCAUGGAAGAUCUCUCUGACUUUACGCGACUUUUAAAACGUGUUCCAGCUGAUCUUUUAAUAAGUCACACAGUUGCAAAUGACGAGCUUAUUCCCUCGCACAUUGUUCUUGACAUUGCUCUUCAGAACAGUUCAGAUGACGCUAUUGCCCAAACUUUAAAAGCUCAGUCCGAGAUGAAAAAGGAGAGUGUCUUUCACAAAAUCUGGACAUUGUCUUCAGCUCUCAGUCAUGUUGAAAAAGAAGCUUCAGAAACGGAAAUUUUAGAAAUAAUUCGAGCUAUUGGACAACGUUUAAGGCCGGAGAAGCUUCUCGAAGCUUUCAGAGAUUCUAUGAAAGAUGAUAAUGACUCAAGUGAAAAAGUUCUUCUAGGACUUUUCAAAGUUAUCAGCACAAAAUUAAAGCCAGAUAAACUUUUGGACAUUUUCUAUGAGUGCAUGAAAAAUAAAAUUCCAAUAACUGAUAGUUAAUUCUCGACUUUUAUGACUUUUCAAAGAAUUUACGAAAUAACUAUAAAUUUUUAAGAAGGAGAUGGGAAAAUGUAAAAUUAUCUUUUCAUCAAUUUUUGUAAAAGGAAUUUUAGAAAAAUGUUUCGACUUGAAAUUUAAAGUUUGUUGUUUGUUUUCUCAAAAUUAUUUUUCCACUUUUCAAUAAUGAAUUCUCUUAGAUAUAUAGAUUAUAUACGUGUAGUAAAAUCUAAAUAUAAGUUUUAGAAAAUUAAUUUUUCUUAAAAAUUUAAAAUAGUAUUCUCUUUUUUUUAAAGAGUUUUAAAGAUGAUUUAGUUAUAAAUGGAAUGACUGUUGAAUUUUGUUUCAUUAAAUAAAUUAUUUGCUUAAUAUCUUAUUUUAGUUUACGAACUAAAUGUGUGCGAUUGUUUUUUCGAAAUUAACUUGAAGGAAAGAAAGGGAAAUAGGUAUUAUUUUUAAAAAGACUAAAUCAUUAAUUUAUCAUUGCAAGUGAAGAUUGAAUUUUGUAUUUUUGACGCAUCGUGAAUGAAUAGUGUCUAUUAAGUAUAAAUAUUUUAAGUUUGUAAAACCUAAAACUAUAGAUCUCUGUAAAUAUUUUCACAAUCGACACUUAUAUAAGAUGUUAACAUUUUGAGGUACAAUUCAAAACACUUUGCUUUAUUUUAAUAUGAAAAUUAAAUGUUUUUAUUUUCCUCACAUUGUUUAGGUAUUAUUUUAAAAAAAAAUGUCUCUUGAAUAAGUGAAACUAAAGAUUUAAUUUUGUGCAGCAGCAGCAUGAGCAGUAAGAACUAAAAUAAAGCAACCAUCAUUUAAA